AAGCCAAAUCCUCCACCAUCAUCAUGUUUUCAUCCUUGCAGGGGGAGGGAGGGUUGACUACGAGGCAAAGUGGGGGGAGAGACAGACACACACGGGGCCUAGUCGCCACAUCUUUUCAUGCGAAGAAGCUGUGCCGCUAAACCACCCGUUUUUGGUUUCCCAAAACGACUCCGGCCCGGGCCUCAGUCCGCGGUCUAGAGUUUGAUAGCGGGCUGUGUGAGACGGAAGCACGUCGGUGUAUUGCUGCCAGACAGCCCCUGUGCCCCAACCACCAUCAUGGGCGACAGCAGAGAUUCCCGCAGCCCGGACAGUUCGUCUGUCUCCUCCCCUCCAUCAGGCCAACGCUCGCCCCCUCUGGUUCCUUCAGCUGCAGCUUCCAUGACCUCUCUUCCUCCCAUCACCUCCGCUGGGGUCAACAGCCCCAUCAGUAGCAUCGGCUCUCCCUUUUCCGUCAUCAGCUCCUCACUGGGCUCGCCCUGUCUCCCUGGCACGCCAUCGGUGGGCUAUGGCCCCAUCAGCAGCCCGCAGAUCAACUCAACAGUGUCCAUGUCAGGGCUCCAUGCAGUAAGCAGCUCUGAUGAUGUGAAACCUCCACUGGGCUUGAAGCAGCUGUCGUCUCACAACCCAGGGCCAAUGCUUUCCCAGAAACGCCUUUGUUCCAUCUGUGGAGACAGAUCCUCUGGUAAGCACUACGGUGUCUACAGCUGUGAGGGCUGCAAAGGCUUCUUCAAGCGAACAGUGCGCAAAGACCUGACCUACACCUGUCGGGACAAUAAAGACUGUAUGGUGGAUAAGAGACAGAGGAAUCGCUGUCAGUACUGCCGCUACCAGAAGUGCCUGGCUAUGGGCAUGAAGAGAGAAGUGGCCAAGAUGAACGACAGAUCUGUCCAAGAGGAACGGCAAAGGAAUAAGGAACGAGACGGUGAGGUGGAGUCGACUAGUGCAGUGAAUGAGGAGAUGCCUGUGGAAAAGAUUUUGGAAGCAGAGAUGGCUGUAGAGCAGAAGACAGAGCUUCAUGCAGAUGGAAGUUCAGGUGGCAGCUCUCCCAACGAUCCUGUCACCAACAUCUGUCAGGCAGCAGACAAGCAGCUCUUCACCUUGGUGGAGUGGGCCAAGAGGAUCCCUCACUUCUCUGAGCUGCCCCUGGAUGACCAGGUCAUCCUGCUACGUGCAGGCUGGAAUGAACUCCUGAUUGCAUCGUUCUCCCAUCGCUCCAUCUCCGUGAAGGACGGGAUUUUACUGGCCACCGGCCUGCAUGUCCACAGGAACAGUGCUCACAGUGCAGGCGUUGGAGCCAUCUUUGACAGGGCGCACAAUGCCGAGGUUGGGGCCAUAUUUGACAGGGUUUUAACAGAGCUUGUAAGCAAGAUGAGAGACAUGCAAAUGGACAAGACCGAGCUGGGCUGCCUUCGAGCCAUCAUCCUCUUCAACCCAGAUGCCAAGGGUUUGUCCAACCCCAGCGAGGUGGAGCUCCUGAGAGAAAGGGUUUAUGCGUCUCUUGAGGCAUACUGCAAACAGAAAUACCCCGAUCAGCAGGGCAGGUUUGCAAAGCUCCUCCUCCGGCUCCCAGCACUGCGCUCCAUUGGUCUAAAGUGCUUGGAGCACCUGUUCUUCUUUAAACUGAUUGGUGACACGCCCAUUGACACCUUCCUGAUGGAGAUGCUAGAGGCGCCUCACCAGCUCACCUAGAGGAGCCAGGUUCGGUCCGGUCAGGAUCCAGUGCACACCAGGAUUACCGGCACGUUGCCCCGUGUUGGGUCGUUGGCUCUUUUCGUUGGGCCUCACUUAACUGCAGCACCUGCUGGUUUAAAUGUACCGGCUCUCACACUUGUAUACACACACACAAACACACACACACACACAUAUUCCCUGUCACCGGUUAAUUAUCUUCACACAUGCACAUGCAGGUCUUUCCUUGCAUGCAUGAAUUGACAUACAACAUAGCUAAUACACAGAUGAUAUGGCUCUGAAUGAGUGGUAUGCUAAUACGUAGGCAUACUUAAAGAAACACACACACAUAUUCACCAUCUUUUCCCAUACUUGGUUUUCCACAAUAGGGGUUACGAUUCAAGGAAUAUAUGCCCUUUUUAUCACACAUAUACAGUAAAUGUCUUAAUUUUAAGUUAGCCUUCAGUUUUCACAUCUUCAUCUCACAGUGGGUUUUUGCUUCUGCGUAACUGGUAUACUUCCCCUGUUUUUACUUGGGUUACUUAGUUACACUGCUAGCUGCACCUCUGUAUGUAAUAUCCAUCACUAGCCGGUUAGUUAUUCUUGUAUGGUUUUAGCUUAAAAUCAGGUGCAUAGCAUUUCAAUCAACUGUCCACCACCAAACAAAUCCCUUCUUAUUGGUCAGCAGGUGUCCAGUAAUGGACAGGCAGAAUCACUCUCCCAGUUAGUUCAUCCAAUCUUGUAAACAUUGAAUAUUUUAUGCUUUUUUGAAUAUUCAUGCUGAAACUUGUUUGAGUUUCUAUUUUGAAGUACUGUACUCAUGAAAUGAGAGCUUUUUCCAAGGCAUUGAAAUCCAGGAAAAAGGGGCUGGGAGCACUUUGUUGAGCAGACAAACUUAGUCCCUCCCACCCUGAUGCGCACAGCGGGCUUUGUAAGACAAGAAGAAUGACUUGAAUUUUUUUUUUUUUUUUUUUUUUUUAAGUUUUGAUUUUAUCCUUUUCUCUACUUUGGCAGUUGGUUGGCAUUUUAAACAGCUUGAGGCUCACAGGAAGUACAGCUUCAUGCAAGACAAAAUAGUAUUUGUUUCUCUUUUAUCUUCUGUUCCCCCAAAUCCUCCCUUUGCUGGUGGUCAUUUAUGCACUUUUGUGAGUUGUAACUGUGUAAAUGUUCCUGUUUUCUUAGAAAUGACCAUCUUUUCUCAGACACCUAAGACGAUGUUGAAGGUACUACGUGUAGGGUUUUCUCAUUAUUGCAUCAUUGUCAAAUCAGACGUUUGAUUUGUAAUUGAACUUGCCAAAUAAUUGGCCACUUCCUGUUCAAAAGAACCAGGUUUUGGCAAUUAACACACUACCAGUCAAAUGGUUGAAUAUUGUGGCUGGCAGCAGCUAUGUUAGUCUGUCCCUAACACCCAGUAAAAGUCUAUUAUUCCUGAUAGGUUGCUCUGUAUUCCAAAAAAUCUUAUUUGUUUCAGCUGUCCUUUGGCAAUUGAGAAAAAUUAUUUUCUCUGCUGUCUGUAACUGGUCAGCCGGUAUCUAAGCUGUGUGGCCGAGUAAAAAAAUAAGUCUGGUGUUUGAACCCUGUGCCCAGCAGAAGUGUCCUUGUGCAAGAUAUUUAAGCAGUUUGAGAUGCUGCACUCUGUGCUCUGUCAAAUUAGGUGGAAAAGCUGAUUUUAUGUAGCAGAGAUGAGAAGUGUAAAGACCAGCUGAAAUGAUUUCAUUUCACCUGGUUGUUAAUCAGUAUUUUAAUUAGGCUUAUCUGCAAUACAGUGUGUUUGGUUAUGGAACAAUUCACAGAUUUUUGAAUUACAAAGGAGCUUUUGUAUGUUUUGUUACUGUAAUGCAAUAGUGAAAUUAUUAGUGCUAUAUAAUGGAAAUCCUACACGUACUACCUGCAGCUUUGGAAACUUUAUUCAGCGUGUAUUGGCUCAAUGCUUGCAACUUUUGUACAGUAGAUGUAAAUAAUAAAAAAGAAACCACCAGAGGAGUCAUGCAGAAACAAAGGCCUGCUCACACUUGUGAAGGUGAAAUAUGUGGCUCCAACAAAAGAAUUUAAAAGCUCUAUUUUCUGCUGUUGAAUCAACCCCCUGUGUGAUGACGUCACCAUGAAACCGUUUUUGAGCCCAGGGCCAAACCACACCUCACUGCUGCUUUUGCACCAACUUCUGCCAAUGUUUCCUGUUGUUCUUGGCAACUGAUUGGCUGAAUUUCAUUGACAAUGGCACUUGACAUUUACUGUGAUUGAAAUUUGUGGGCAACUGAAUCUGAGCAUUGCAGUGAGAAGUCAAAUGCAGCUACCAUGUGAUCAGGAGAUACAAAGCAAACUAUGAAUUAAACCGUCUACACUUGCUCAAAGAUGAGCAAUACUGGGGUACACAUAAAGAUUUAUUACCGUUUUUUGUUAGUAAAGUAUUUAAAAGAGUGUUGACAUUCUGAGGUAUAUUUAGCCUUCUUGUUAGUCACCACAUUUACUAGAAAUUAGAAACGUACAUUUUGCAGUAUCAUUCUACAGGGAAGAGGUAUAGCUGUCCUCUACCAGGUGCUAAAUAAAUAAUAUGGUCUUUUAGUUUAAGACUUGCACAUUUACAUCAAUGCAAACACAGUAUGCAAGUACACAGACAAAUCAGACAGCCAUUGUCCACUCAUUGAACAGGUCUGCUUAAGAUGUAGAUUUCCCUCUUAGAUUUCUUUCUUUUUGUUAUUUUAUGACCCCUGACUUUAUUGCAGAGUCCCAGCUAUUGAAAAUGAACACCAGCUAAGUGCUUGUACAUUUUGGCUGUGGCUGAUAAGUCUUUGUACUUUACCAGACACAGUCAGGGCCUUUUGUAUUUUAGAAAGUAGUUGGGCUGGUGGAAGGAAUGAAGGUAGCUGUUGAAUUUUUGUGUCCACCAGCUACUUUGAUCAGAAUGAGCAACGAGCUUCCUGCCCUGCAGAUAGUCCAAAUAAGUUCUUCUCAGAGAGGAUCCUUUGCCUCCCCCAUGUGAUGUGGACUUGGAGGCUGGCAGUUAGAUGACCUGUAAGACAGGUGGUUUUCUCUAACAUGUCAAUAAGUUGGUCUAACCUUAGAGUUUGGUGUUGUUUCAGUUUUUCUCCAUCCAUGCAUACAUAGUCAACUCAACAAAGUAGUCUCCAGAUGUCCAUUCAUUUCCUACACACAGAGAAAAGUCAGCCCCUCAUUCGUCAUUGCUGCGUCAUUUCGGUGUUUGUUGGCAAAGAAAAGCAAGUUGGUGGCGACCUUACGAUUUAGGUGACAAGCACCAACAUCUGCCAGCGUUCUUGUACUGUACAUGCUGCGAUACGGUCUCAGUGCUUUAUGGCUUGGUUUGGAUUAACUAAUACUAGCAGUCUGAGUUUUGAGACUUCAGUGCAGAGGAUUUUGUGGCCGUCAGGCUUUGAGAUCCGCAAUCUGGAUUAGAGCUCAUCUCUCCUAAAACAGUUGGGCUAUGGAAUGAAGUUUGUAAAUGCAACCCAACUUGAGCUUUUCCCCCCGUCUCUCAGAACAUAGGCUGACUUUAGGAUGUGUACUUUUGUAAAUAAUCUCACCUUUUGUUAGGUCGACAUCUCAGCAACUUUCUCUGCAGGAUUUUAUUUUUGGAGCUUCCUCUGUUGAAUGUUUAAGCCUGCUGCUACUGCAUCAUGUUUAUAGCUGGGGAUGGGAAUGAUUACACAAUCAGUCAAGAGCUGGAGCAUCCGCUAGUUGACAUUAAAAUACUAGUCAUAUACACAGCUGAUGGAGCAAAUGCCAUCUUUGUUGAUAAUUCAUCAAGAAGUCAAAAUAUGCAACUUGUGUAAACAUAUUGUGGUACCAUGGUUAAACAGUUGUCAUGCAAUAUGUGCAUUGUGUUUCAUUGCAUUUGUAAAUUCAGCUUAGUCUGUUACAUAAGUUCAUAAUAAUUGGCAGUGAAAGUAUUUAGAAUUCUCAUCCCUCCAUUUAACAGCAAUGCAUAUAAGUUUUGCUAUGCCAUUUCUAUAUUUCUUUAUAUUUUGCUAUGAGCUUAGGUCAUUUAGAGAAUGAGAAACAGAUACAAUAAAAACAAAAAGAAGCUAUACAGUCAGUGCAGGUUCUGUAUGCUAAGCCACUUUAAGCUUUGCUGAUCAGGCAGACUGUUUUAGCAAGAGCCGGUGGUUGGGUAUUUCCGUUUUUUUUUGUUUUUUUUUAGCAUUUGUUAUAGGGUAUGUGUGGCCACAUGCGUAUGGAAUCUGUCUGCAGCUACAGCUUUUGACUGGCAGAUACUGUAGCUUUGGCUGUGAUGUGCUGAGCGCUGUUGAAAUGAUUUGUUGAGCAAAAUAAUGAAAGGAUGCACAGAGGAAAAGGAGCCAGGCUGGAGGGGUAAUUAACUCGCCCGUUGACCUGAUGCUUUAUCAACACAACCCAGCCUCCUCCUUUCCUUCACUUUGCCCCGUUUCCACUGCUUUACUUUAAAGUUAACAAAUGCUUAUUCACUCACCCAUGUGGGCUGAAAAUUACUGGCUUUGCAUUGGAAUGGACUUGUAAAAUAAAACUAUGAUUCUUGGACUGUUUGAAAAGGAUGUGAAGCUUUUAGUGGAAUAAGCGUUGGAGAGCUGUAAGGAGGGGAUUCAGUGCCGUGUGUCCCUCUUUGCUUACUUUACUUGACGGCAGAGCAGCGACGAUCUGCGGUCGCCAUGGGAGACCGCUGGAUCGCACCGCACCGCCCACAAAUGUUUGUCGUUGCAACCGUGUGCACUCAAGGCAGACGCAUGCUGUGACCUUUUGACUGUGUAGCAGUAUUGUUGUCGCCAUCUUUGUUACAUUUUGAAAUUACUCGCUUUUUUGAAAAUAAAGACAUUGAUUAAAUAUGCUUUUUUUGAAAUGGAUCACAGGCUGUGACUGAAGAAUUGAUCACCGUGUAUAGAUUAGAUAUCAGGGCGGCAUUUUUACUCAUUAACACAGGCCCCCUGGAGCCAAGGCCCAUCCUGUUAUGAUCAAUGAGGCGCAGUGUAUGCUAUGCAGCCUUGAAACCACCACCCUCACUGGUUUGUUUAUCACUGCCAAGCUGUUUGCGGAUGUGGCCGUUUAAAUGCAGGGCCACUCAGUCCCCAGUGCUUGUUUGUCAUGUAUGUUGUGAUUAUUGUGCAGCGCGCUAAACAGUGUGCGCUAACCUUGGCCUGUGUAAUGCAUACUAAAGAGGGGCCCUAAUAGGAAUGGAAUGACAGCUCGUGUGGAGAGGGGAGGACUGGUCAUAGGAGAGAGAAGUAGACCAGUGUGUGGCCCCCUCUGGGUGCUCAAGCUGUGCAUUGGUGCUUUUUAUAGGGUCCCCCAGCCUGAAGAUGUCUGCUUUGGUUUCCUAGACACAGGGAAUUGCAUAUAUAUGAGUGAAAUGCAAAUAAGGAAUGAUGUAAAAGGGUUAGCCUAGCCUAGCCCUGGACCUGCUCUUCUUCAGUUGGAUUUGGUUAGGUGUUUCUGCAACCUGACGUGUGUUUACUGUGUUAGUCCUAUGUGGCUGUAGCAGUAGAAACAACCCUCAGAGUCUGCUUUAGAUUAUGAGGGAGAAUCUGUGGCUCUAAUUGAAGACACAGUUCAAAGGCCGCCAGAAUCCACACGGGUCUGGUCUGCAGGCAACACCUCUGAGCAGGAUCUGGUUACACUGAGUGAACUUGAUGGGAGGGAUCAGCUGAGUAUGAUUGCUCUCUUUAGGGAGGAAGAGGUUGUUGGAUUUUAGAGUUGGAGGAAGGAUAGGUCAGAGAGAGAAGGAGGGGAAGAUAAGAAGGGCAGGGACUUGGAAGAACUCGGAUCAGGUGUUCAUUUGUCGCUUGAGAAGUAAAACAGAAAUACCAAUUUUCCAGUAGAUCUAGAAUCUUCCUUAAUUGUUUACUCUUCACCUUUAAAAUUCACACACUGUUUCUUUGUCUUGUUUCCUGUCUCCCUCUUCUCCAACUACGCUAUUCAUCUUUUGUUUAUUACAAAGUAUUAAACAAAUACGAGAACUGUAAAAUCAGAAUGGAAUCUGUCACUCUUUAUUUUUAAAUUUUCUCUCUUUCUCUUGUGUCUGUUCUUUGUCCUGUUUGUAUCCUACUCCAUCGUACAUGUGGAGCUGAUUGACUAUUGUGUGCUUUGGGGAUUGAAAGAGGAAAAAAAAUAUGAAUAAUUUUUUCAGUCAUUAAUUCUGAACCUUGUUUCUGUUUGUUGUAUCAUGUCCGAGUAAAGGUUUUAAUACUGUA